AUGGCGCAAAUGGCAGUUAGUCGCACCAUUCAGCCCGACGCCGCCGCUGCUGACAUCAAUGCCUUCAUCAACGCCGAAACGCGAGGAAAAAUACCAAAGCUUAUAGAACCCUCCUUUGUUAAAGACGCUAAAAUGGUCUUAACUAACGCCGUCUACUUCAAAGGCUUUUGGAAAUACCCGUUCAAGCCUCAAAGGACCCACAAGGACAAGUUUUUCGUAACCCCGGAAGAAUCUGUCCAAGUGGAUAUGAUGACGCAAACGGGAAGGUUCAAAUGUGGACUCGGAGAAGCUUCACGCCCAGGUGCUGGAGAUGCCCUACAGGGGCGACGCCGUGUCCAUGGUGGUGCUCCUCCCGCGAAUGGGAGAGCCAAGGAGGUGGACAGGCUGGUCCGACGCCUGAGGCCCAGGAGACUCGUGUCUGUGUGA